UCCUGGUCCAGGUUCCGGUCCUCAUGAUGAAUAUGGAGGCUAGUUUCCACACCUACCGAGACAUCGCUCUGAAGACCACGGUCCUUCAACUCCCCUUCACCGGCUCCUACUCCAUGCUGCUGAUGAUGCCUGACGUCAUGGAAACUCUGGAGAACGGCAUCUCCCCAGACCACGUCUCCAAAUGGUUGAAGGUUAGGAUGGAGGCCAAGCCCAGGAGACAAAAUUUAUAUAUUCCCAAGUUCUCCAUCAAGAGUUCCUACAACCUGAACAAUGUGCUGUCAGAAAUGGGAAUGACGGACAUGUUCAGUGGUCGUGCAAAUUUGAGAGGCAUUUCAGAGGUGAAAGGACUGGCAGUCUCAGAGGUUGUGCACCAAGCUACGCUGGACAUGGACGAGGACGGAGCCGAAGCUGCAGCCGGCACAGGCCUCAAACUCGAACUGACAUCCAUCCAGGUCCCCGUGUUGAAGUUCAAUUGUCCGUUCAUGGUCAUAAUCAUUGAAUUUAACACUGAGAAAAUCCUCUUCAUGGGCAAGAUCAUCGACCCGACCAUCUGAUGGGUCAGCUGUCUGCUCAAGCUCAGCUGUUGCAUCUCAUAUUAAAAAAAGUCAAAAA